ACGAGGAAGAACACUAGCACCAUGUACACCACAGAGCCUACCUCUCUUCCGCCCCGAACAACGAUACGAACCUUAUCCAUUGCCCGACAUGCUGAUAUAGUGAAUACUCCACAUUGGAGGCAAAAAGAAGUUGCAGCCUUGCGGAACGGAAUACGGGCCACCGUAUACAUGACAAAUGGUGAUCGUUAUGUAGGAGAAUGGAAGGAUGGUUUAAAAGAGGGCAAUGGAACGUACUGUUACGCAAGCACGGGGGCCGUAUACGAAGGGGAGUGGGCAAGAGAUCUUCGCAACGGAUUUGGAACAUACUCUGUUCCAGCAUUGCCUCAACCUGUUCAAGGAAAAACAAAAAAACCAUUGCUUCCUUCGUUGCCCACCCUAAAAACGCCGCCUCGGGCGCAAUCUACCCCAGGUUCUCAUACUGGCCCUCUCCGCAAAGUCUAUGCCGGGUCCUGGCUUGAUGACCUCCGGCACGGCCGUGGCACUUGUUUCUACGAGGACGGCUCGGUAUAUGACGGGAUGUGGGAGGAGGACGUCCGGGAGGGUUGGGGACGCAUGACGUACAAAAGUAGUGGCAGCGUCUAUGAAGGAGAAUGGCAUGAGGGAAUGCGGCAUGGGCAAGGCGUAUUGGUCUUGGCAAACGGAGACCGAUACGAGGGAACUUUCCUCAACGACAUGAAAGAGGGUCCUGGGCGAUUUAUUUAUCGAACAAAGCGUCAAUGUUAUGAAGGUGAAUGGGCAUUGGACACGCCCAAGUGCGGGACGUUGCGGGACUUGCCCCCAUUGGCUGGACCUGAGGGAAUGGGCCCAAAUGCUCGAAAGUGGUGGCCUAUACCCGAGCUGAAAUUGCAGGAUCCUGCUGGUAUUCUCGAUCACGAACGCGAGGCUGUUCUGCAAGAACGUCUACAACGGAUUAUGGGAGAAUCUUUGGAACAUGAUGGAGAAGCGGGUUGAAUCAUAGCCACAUAUUUGAGCUCCAUUGACUUUCCGGUGCUUGGCACUAACGAACACAUCGUGUGCAUCAAUGUAGCAGCAUUAUAGCUGUCUAUGUAGAAAUAAGCAACAUAACCACUUGCAAUUGUCAAAA